AUGUCCUAGCAUCGAUUACAGCGGAAUAACUUGUGUGUUGACUUGAACAUAUUCUAAUGGCUGACUAUCUGAAGUCUGCAUUAAGCUAUUUCGCCACCUCAAACACUACUAAAAAUGAAAAUGAAUUUCUUGGCAGUAGUAUAUCUGUCGGACAACUAAGUUUAAAAGUUAAGAGAAUCAUUGCUGAAGGCGGCUAUGGAAUAGUUUAUGAAGCUCAAGAUGUCAAUGAAAAUACAUCAUAUGCGUUAAAGCGUAUGCUCGCUCACGACAAACCUUCAGUGGAUUUAAUUCUUCAUGAAGUUCGUUUACUGAAACAGUUGAAUGGACAUCCAAACAUCCUGAAGUUUUUUAGUGCAGCAUCUGUUGGUAAAGAGAAAAUGAAGGUUAUUAGUACUGAGUUCUUAAUAGUCACAGAGUUUUGUAAAGGGGGUCAGUUGGAUAAAUAUUUACCGGCAUCAAAAUGUGAAAAUCCCCUGCCAUCGAACGUUAUCUUACAAAUAUUUCAUCAAUGUUGUCGUGGUGUACAACAUAUGCAUAGUCAAUGUCCACCUGUGAUACAUCGAGAUUUGAAAAUUGAAAAUCUAUUACUUACUGAUAACUUUAUCAUAAAGUUAUGCGAUUUUGGUAGUGCAACUACAAUUACAUAUAGUCCAGAUCAAUCAUGGACUGCUUUGAAACGUGGAAGUGUUCAAGAAGAACUUGAACGUUUCACAACACCAAUGUAUCGGGCUCCAGAAAUGCUUGAUCUUUACCAAAAUUAUCUUAUUGGUACUCCAUCGGAUAUUUGGGCUUUAGGUUGUAUAUUAUUUUAUUUAACAUGUACUUAUCAUCCAUUUGAGGAUUCAUCGAAAUUGGCUAUUCUCAAUGCUAAUUAUAGCAUACCAGCAUCAAUAAGUUCAGAGAAUGCACCAUUUUGCAGUUUAAUUCGACAAUUACUUCUCAUAAAUCCAUCUCAACGUCCUAACAUAAAUGAAAUUCUUGGUGAGUUAUCUGAAUUAGCGUCUAUGAGAGAAGUCCAAGUAAGUGGUUCUAUUCCUCUGUUGGAAGAAGUCGCUAAAAGACGUAAUGUAAACGUUACUACUAAUCCUACGAGCCAGCCAAUCAAUCGUAAUGAUCCUAAAGUUAAUGAUUAUCAUCCGAGAUCAUUGCAUUCAGAAAAUAAUGUUGUUACAAAUCCACAAUCGUCAUCUAAUAAACCAUCUAGACCUAAUCCUCCAACAUUGCUCUCACAACAAAAAUUAAAUCCAUUAGUUAGUUUUAAUCCACCAUCAUCAUUGUCAUCAUCAUCAACAGUAGUCAUAACAACUCAAGCACCUACGGUUAAUCAAAUUUCAAGUAAUCAACAAUUAUCCAAUCAAUCUAUGAGUAAUAUGCUUGGUAUGAUUAAAGGGGGCGCUGGCAAUUUAAUUCGUAAUAUACGAGAUGCAUCAACUAAAGUUAUUGGGACUGUUUCUACCACGUUGAAUACAGAGCUUGAUUUCCAGUUUAUCACUUCACGUAUAGCAGUUACAUCUUUCCCCAUUGAAAGUGGAUUUGAAGUGCUUGCCAAUGUGAAUUCCAUGGAAGAAAUGCAAAAUAUGCUAGAUGCACGUUUUUCAGAUGCUUAUGCUGUUUAUAAUCUUAGUAAUCGUCCAUAUCGUUCAGAUCAUUGGUUUCAUGGUAGAGUAUCACAUCGUGGUUUCGAAGCACAUCGUGCUCCAGCGCUAAAAUCAUUAAUUGAAUUAUGCUUAAAUGCAAGGUUAUGGUUAGCUCAAAAAUCGAACAAUAUUUGUGUUAUACAUUGUACCGAUGGUAAAACAUUGUCCGCAGUAUUAGCAUGUUCCUUAUUAUGCUUUUGUCGGGUAUUUGAUAACGCGUCACCUGCCAUUCAAUUGUUUGCAUCGAAACGUGGCAAUCCUGGCUUGAAUGCAUCACAGAUUAGAUAUAUCAACUAUGUAGCUCAGUUAAGUCAUAAUCGUGUAUUUACACCUCAUCAUUUCCCAUUGAAUCUUAUCAGUUUGAUAAUUGCACCGGUACCAACAUUUAAUAAAUCCAAAAAUGGAUGUCGACCGUAUGUGGAAAUAUUUGAAGGGAAGACCAAAGUAUACUCAACUUACGCAGAAUACGAUAAUUUAAGAUCCUAUGUUCUUGAAGAUGGAAAGAUCCAAGUACUUUUGAAUGGAUUAACUGUCUUAGGUGAUCUUACAGUUAUCAUUUAUCAUUGUCGAUCUUCAUUUGCUGGACGUGGCAAGAUCAGUUCAGUAAAGAUCGCUCAGUUUCAAUUACACACUGGAUUUGUAGAACAUAAUUUAACUGAACUAAUUUAUUUUAAAUCCGAUUUAGAUCAUUUAGAUAAUAGUAGCAGCUUUGCCGGUUUCACUAGUCGUUAUGCUGAAAGUUUUCAUAUUACAUUGGAAUUUAUGGUUUCACCAACUGAAAGACCAAGACAAAGUGACAAUCUUGUUUAUCCGUGGGAAACUUUACCAUCAAAUGAUCUACUUAGUCCUAAACUCUGUGUGUCAAAUCAUGAUGAACUGAAAAAUAUCUUAUCUGAUUACGGCCGUUUUAAUCAUAAACCAUCAACUCGAAUGUAUGAAAAAAAUAGUUCAGAACCUAAUCAAUCAAAUAAUCCAUCAGAAAAAGACUGUAUAACCACUAAUAUUAAUAGCGAUGAGUCAUGUAAUUCAACAAAACCGUCCACUACAAAUUUGUUUACUACUACUCAUACCAUCGGUGGUAGUACGGUUAAUUUAAAACAAAAUACAGGAAUUAAUGAUAUUUUAGUCUCAGAUUUAAUCAAUGAUAAUGACAUGCCAACGAAUCAUAAUUAUACUUAUUCAUCAACUUCUUCUGAUCACUCGAAACAAAUUAACUACAAUUUAUUAAGUGAUAAACUCGGUGGUGAUUUUUUUUCAUCAUCCAAGAGUCAAGAUAAUAAUAAUAUGGAGGCAAGUUCUGAUGACCUGCUUGGAUUCCAUGUGGAAUCUUCAUUUCCAAACACUGACGAUGCUACUAGUUCUCCCACUACUACUUCUAAUACUGAUGAUCAUAUUUUAAUUGAUGUAGCACAGAAUCCUUUCGUAAUUUAUAAUAAAAAUUCACUAGAUGAAAUUAUUACUUCAUCAACAACUAGUCAGCAUAAUAAUUCCGAUGAUUUGAAACAAACUGAUCAAAAAUCAUUUGUUGAUGAUUUAUUUAAUUUCAACUCAUCUGUUGAAGUCAAUUCAAAAACUGAUCUCGGUUGGGAGAAUUUAUUUGGUAUCACGUCAUCAGAAAGCACAAAGACCACUACUAUCAUCACCACUAGCCAAAGUACUACUACAAACAACAUUGGCUUAUCCAAUAAUCCUUUUGAUCCAUUUGGUAUAGCCACAUCAAAAUUAUCUGAUUUCUUUUCAGUACCAAAUUCUUAUAUAUCAGGUGAAAACAACUCGACUACUACCAUCCUUCCUGAUAAAACUACCGCCACUGACUAUUCUCCUCCUUCAACUACUAAUACUACUACUAGCAAAGAUUACUUUGGACAACAAGGUGGUCAUUUAAGUGCCAGCGCCAGUGCUAAUAAUUUAAAUCCUCUUUUUGCAUCAGCUUCUUUUACAAAUUUGUCUCCUAACGUUGAAACUAUCCCAGACAAGACUACUAACACAGCAACUACUACUACUGGCAUCAAGAAUCAUGAUCGCCUAGAUCCAUUUGCAGAUUUUGCUGAUGUACUUCGAGAUCGAUUAAAUAAUCAAAAUUUUUCCAGUACUAAUGCUACAAAUAGUGAUAAUACAUAUACCCCACCAUCAUCAAAUAGAUCAUCCACAAACUUGGGUGGUUUUUCUGCUGGUCCCAGUCCAGCACAUAAUUUUAAAUCUAGUAUCGACUCAAAGUUUAUGAACAACUCUUCAAAUCAUAAGGAAAGUCCUGAUAAUUUAUUCCAUGGUUAUGAGAAAUCUAGUCAAUCGUAUUCUUCCUACUCCAAUUUUCCUAAUACUACUACUUCUGGAUCUACAUCAACACCAACUAGUGGAGGAACUGGUGCUAGACCUCAUGUUAAUAAAGAUGCAUUUUCUGAUUUACUUGGUGGAUUUGGUUCUUCUCGAACAAACAACGCAGAUGAUAAUAAACAACCGAAAACAGUGAAUCAGAUUCGUCGUGAAAAAAUGGCUAAAACUGUCGAUCCAGAACAAUUGAAAGUAACUCUUUUUUUAAUCAGACUUUUUCAAUUUUGUUUAAAGUUGACAAUUUUUUUAAGAUUAAAAACUACCGCUUUAUCCAUACUACAGUAACUGUUAAUUUCCCUUCUGUCAAAUCUUCAAACACAAUCUCUGAUCAUUAUAAAGCUAGUAAAUAAUAAUAAUUUAAGACUGAUCGUGGUAGCUUAAUAGUUAAUACACUUAAAUUUCAGUUGUAUGGGUUGUAGAUUUAAGAUCCAUUACACUGAUUUCGAUAGUUUAUCCCGUCAUAUCUCACACAAAAGUAUGAAUCAUCAUUGAAUACUAAUUUACACCUUGAAAAAUUUUGAAUAAUAUAUAUUAGUAAUUGAAUACUUAAUGGCUCAAAUAAUUGACUCAUGAUUUGUGACUCACAGACACCAGCUGACAGGUAAUCAAAUAGCUAACACUAAUAAAUUAACCCUAACUUUUGUGUUUUCGCCUACUUCACUAACAAUAAGUCUCUUAACUUAGUGACUAUUCCUUGUGUUACAACUGGUAGUUCACGUAAUUCUCUAACCAAAACACUAAAGAUUCGAUGAAUGCCUUCUAAACAUUUGUGGAUUGGUUUAUGUUAGACAUUAUCACCACUGGAUGCCGGCAUAGUGGUCCAGUAAGUUAAGCGUUCGCGCGCGAAACCGAAGGCCCCUGGUUCGAAUCCCGCGAGCGGGAUCGUGGAUGCGCAUUGCUGAGGAGUCCCACAAUAGUACAAAACGGCUGUCCAGUGCUUCCAGGUUUCCAAAGGUGGUCUAGCAUCGAUCGGUUCAUGAUCUCAAUCAAAAAAAUUUGUUAUUCAGAUUCAUUGCUCACGAAAUUAUACAUAUUGCGCUAGGAUUUGAAAUUAUCAAAGAGUGCAUAACUAGACCAUUUCUUGAUACAAAGAUAAAGUUAACAGUUAAUUGACCUGUAAUUUGUGAACAGUAAACAAAUUGUAACAUCGAGAUGGUGAAGAAGAUUUGUAGCUCAGGUGUAUGAUUUUGAUGGAGUUUUGUCCUUUGAGAACAAAGCUCCAUCAAAAUUGUAACAUCAUUCGAUGACAUUAAGGACUGAAUGUAACUGAGCAUUUGUUGGUAAAUGCGAAUGCUGAUCAGGUGCUUCAAUAUAAAACAUCAUUCAUGUUGAACAAGCUAAUAACUCUCCGGAAUCAAUGUCUCAGUGGGAUGACAGAUUUCCAUUCGAAGUAAUAGUUAGAUGGGCUUGGACCUCGUUGUGAACAUCAAAACUGCGAUCCAGAAAUAAGAAAAAACUUAUAUGCUGAAUUCCAAUGCUAACUACAAUCCAUAUAUAUUCUGCAACAAUUAAUGAAUCAAAAAAUAACUUACAGUUAGGUCUGUAAAAGUAUCAUUGGAACAACUGUUUCAGCAAGCACUCCUUAAAAAUAUGCUAGCUGAUUCAUUGAAAAAUAAACUAUCCAAGUUAUUUCUUUCACUUACAGCCUCUUUUUAAGGAAGUUUAACUAGUUUUUUUAAUAGAAUAUUUUCUCAAUUAAUUGAUUAUUUAUUACAGCUCAGUACCAUCGGUUUACGUAACUUAUAAAUGUGGGACUUAAUUAAUUAAUUAACUUUCUAUAUCUUCUAUACUUAAUCAAAUGUUUUUUACUUAAAGGCUAGUGAUACUCUCUAACUCCUUAAGUCGAUAUAGAGCAAGGUUCAAAUAUGUAGUUCCAUGGUUGAGUCGAGUAUUUUAACCAUAAAGUCACCUUUUUAACAUACGGUUUUGUUGUUCAUAUUUGUGUUUUAAAUUUAUUAGACAUUGGAUAUAUACGAUUGAUAACUAUCAGAAUGAAAGGGAUUCCUAAAUUUCUCAAUAAUACGUGUAACACUAAUGUUUAGAUGCUUGCAACUUACUCAUAUACUGUAUUUUUAAAAGUAUGUUAAAUAUUCUGAUAUUAAUAAAGAGUUAGCUAUUGCUCAGUGUAUUCGUCUUUUGAUAGUCAGAUGAACAUCUUUCCAGCUCUAUAAUUAGCUAAUUACAUAGAACUCUUAAUAAUCGUGUUAUACUUGUUCUUAACAGUAUAGUUCUUUUUGUAAUAUAAUUCUGUUUUUUAUUAGGUCUGUGAUUGGGCUGAGGGUAAAGAUCGAAAUCUUCGAGCAUUACUAUGUUCACUACCGGCCAUAUUAUGGGAUGGUGUACAAUGGAAUCAUGUUGGUAUGGCUGAUCUAAUAACGCGUGAACAAGUUAAACGUCAGUAUAGGAAAGCUGCUCGUGUAGUUCAUCCUGAUAAGUGGAUGAGUACAUCACACGAGAAUAUCGCACGUUUAGUAUUCGUUGAAUUAAAUGACGCUAUGGCUGAAUUUGACAAAAAUUUUAACAACUCAUCAGUCAAUAUGAAUUUUUAACAUUUCUUUUGUUUUGCCUCAUUUCAAUUAACAUUAUCUAUACGUUGUUGUAUUUCUUCUUUAUCCAACUGUGAAUUUACCUAUUUAUCAUACAGUUAACUAAUUGUAUCACUCUCUGAAGUCAUUCCAUCCUGAAAGCAAAUACUUUUAUGAUGAGCUAUCAUAAUACAUCUUUUUGUUCUAUCUUUUUAUUCAUCUAUACACUGCCAGGUACCUCAUCUUCUGACUGACAAUCUAUGUAAAUCUGUGAUGUAGAUGAUUUUGUUUCAUAGAUAGGAGAUCAAGCAUUAUUUAUACAUUACUAUCCUUGUUUUCAUUUAUUAUUGUUCAUCGAUGAUGGUAAUACUGGUUGUGGGCAUUGGUGAUAUUGUUACCCAUUCUUCUUAUCCAUUUGUCUCCCCAUUUUUAUUUGUUUUUCUCAUGUGGUCACGAAUUAUUACCAUUAUUAUCAGAUUUUGUCCAGUUUUUUUCUCAUGAUUUUUGUCACACUGAUGUCAUACAUCAUCAUUUGUAAUACAAAGAACGAAGAGAAGAGAGAAUUUUUCUGUUUGUUUAUUUAAAUAGUGCAAUACAAGCGCCUGUUAUAAAAAGCAUUCUUUUGUGCUUAUAUUCACAUGGGAUUUGUAUAUAGUUUAGUUUCGACAAUGUACUCGUUGUUGUUAUUUAGUUAGUGGUGAUAUUAUUUCUAUUGCUGGUUUUCAGGAAAAACAAAGCUGAGAAACAAAAAUAAAUUAGUUUUCCAGUUUAGUAAAAUAACAGUUUUAUAUUUAAAAAAUUGUUAUUUUUCCUACUUAUCAGUAAAAUAUAUAUCUUUUGUUUUCUUGGAUUUUCUUCUCCCACCUCUCAUCGUUAGUUUAUUAUUCAUCUGAAUAUCAAUAUACUUUCACGAUACAUUUGUUUAGUUCCAAACAAUUAUUCGACUGCUUCGUCUUCUAACAUUGUCGUUAUCAAUAUCUUUAUCAUUAUUUUAAUAAAGAAAAUGAUAUUAAUCGUC